CAUUGACGCCUAGCCAAGACACAGGUACGUGUACACGGCGAUGCAAAGCAUAUAGACAGGUACACAUACAUGCAAGCGGUGCCGUCACUGCACUGCUGCGCGCACCUGCCAUUGCUCCUUGUCGUCCUUGGAUCGAGUGGCAUCAACGCCUAUCUUGGCUGCCGGUGUACGGGCCUGCGCCAUUCCGUAGAUCUCACAGCCUUUUCAGUUCCUCUUCCACACCCUCCAAAUCACCAGAAACCUUUCCUCCUUCCUCCGACCUUGAAAUGGUUUGAUGCCUGCAGCCAGCCAUGCCCUGUCUCGCCAGACGCCGCCCGUGCCUCUUCUUGGUCGUUUCAGUCGCCGCGCUUCUCUUGCCAGUAAGCAGCAACGGUGAAGCGAGGAGGGAUCAAGCUGAUAAUGGCGUCGCCAGGUUCAGAUUGCUGCUUGGCCUCAACAAUCUUGGGGGUCUCAGCCCAAGGCAGAGGCCGCGUCACAGCCCUGCUGCCCUCGCACCGGCAUCGGCACCGGCACCGGCACCGGCGCCGGAUCGCGCUCACCUGCCGCUGCUCCACAAGAACGCGCGACUCCCGGACCCGGCCGCCGGGAGAGUAGUCACCCACGACCGCAAGAGAGGAAAUGACACAACGCGCAACGAGGACGGUGGGCACGGCGAUGGCAAGAAAAGCAUGCAGCUAGUCGUGGUCGCGGCGGCCGCGGCGCUGUCCGGGGCGGUGGUGGUGCUCCUCGUCGUCCUCGUGGUUUUCCUGGCGUGCAGGAAGGUUCAGAGGAGACGCAGCGGGGCUGACCAGGACGGCGCCAGUAGUAGUAACAAGGUGGGCUCCUUCGAUCCUGGCCCGAACCUGUUCUACGUGGACGCCGUCAAGCCGUACACCGACGCCGGGCAAGAGCACGACGACGGGGCGAAGGCGCCGGAGAUGGCCGGGCCAAAAGACGAGGCCGAAGUACCGGAUCGUGAAGAAGAAAGCCGUGGAGUUUGCUCCGAGGACGACGAAGACGGCGCCGGGUCAGUGCAUUCGUCGUGCUGCUUCCAAUCCUCGCACUUCGCCUACUCCGAGCUCCGGGACGCGAAGCAGGGCGAAUGCGUGUCGCCGUCGCCCGCCUCCGCCCGGUCGUCAAGACGGCGGAGCUCUGCUCCUGCGACGCCCGCGGACAAGAAGAAGGUCGCGGGUGCGAGUGCGAGUCCUCUCUCGCCGCAGUGCCCGCGCACGCCGAGCAAUAAUCAGGACCGCGUGCGCCGCGCGGUUCACCACUCCCCGAGCUCCUCGGAGUCGACAGCGCGGAUGUUCCUCAGGUUCCCGGAUGUACAGGGCAGCAGCGCGCGCCAUGCGAAGGAGGCAGAAGCAGGAAGCGUCCGCUCGGACGCUGUAAGCGGCGUUACGGCCCCGCCGCCGCCGCGGCCGCCGCCUCCUCCUCCACCACCGCCGCCGCCUCCGUCGCUGCGGCCGCCUUGCGUUCCGGGCGCCGUUCUACCACCCCCGCCGCCGCCGCUGCUACUACUGAAUCAGAGAAGCGGUGGCCCGAGUCUCCCGCCGCCGCCCGCGCCUCCGGGUAUGUUGAGGCAGAGCGCACCGGUCGGGAAGAACGGCGCGGCGCUGCCGAAGCUGAAGCCGCUGCACUGGGACAAGGUGCGCGCGGCGCCCAACCGCCGGAUGGUGUGGGACAGGAUCCGAUCGAGCUCAUUCGAAUUGGACGAGGAGAUGAUCGAGUCUCUGUUCCUGUACAACUCGCGGUUCUCUGCGAAGCACGAGGAGGCCCAGAGCCGGAGCCCCUCGCUGGGCCACCAUGUCCUGGACCCCAAGAGGCUGCAGAACAUCACCAUCCUCAUGAAGGCCGUCAACGCCACCGCCGAACAAAUCUACGCCGCUCUGCUGCACGGCAACGGCCUGUCGGUGCAGCAGCUGGAGGCCCUCAUCAAGAUGGCGCCGACCAAGGAGGAGGUCGAGAAGCUCACCGGCUACGACGGCGACGUCGAGAGCCUUGUCCCGGCUGAGAGGCUCCUCAAGCUGGUCCUCACGAUACCGUGCGCGUUCGCGCGAGUCGAAGCCAUGCUGUACAAGGAGACCUUCGCGGACGAAGUCGGACACAUCAGGAAAUCCUUCGCAAUGCUCGAGGACGCGUGCAGGGAGCUGAUGUCGAGCAAGCUGUUCCUGAAGCUGCUGGAGGCGGUGCUAAAGACGGGGAACCGGAUGAACGUCGGGACGGCGCGGGGCGGCGCCAUGGCGUUCAAGCUCGACACGCUGCUCAAGCUGGCCGACGUCAAGGGCGCGGACGGGAAGACCACGCUGCUGCACUUCGUCGUCCAGGAAAUGACCCGUUCGCAGUCGACGCGCACGGCCGAGGGCACGGACAUCGCCACGGGCCUCGCGGCCGAGCUCACCAACGUCAAGAAGACGGCCACCGUGGACCUGGACGUGCUCACCACGCCGGUCUCCAACCUGUCUCAGGGCAUGUCCCGGAUCAAGGAGCUCGUUGGGAGCCACUUAGUAUUGUCCGGCGACGAAAGGAACGGGUGCUUCGUCGCCUUCAUGGCGCCUUUCGUCAGCCACGCCGACGAGGUGAUCCGGGAGCUGGAGGAAGGCGAGCGCCGGGUGCUGGGGCACGUCAGGGACAUCACCGAGUACUACCACGGCGACGUCGGCAAGGACGAGGCCAGCCCGCUCAGGAUCUUCGUCAUCGUCAAGGACUUCUUGGGGAUGCUGGAGCGGGUGUGCAAGGAGGUGAGGGGAGUCAAGAAUUUCCAUGCUUGGAAUCCUGUUCCGAAUAAUGUCUGAUGCUGCAUAAAAUUGGAGGAAAGAACAACAUUGUAAUUCUUGGUUUUGAGUUGUUCUUCGUCUUGCCGGGUUAGAACAGAGUCCAUUAUACAUAGUUCACUCAUUUUGGUUUGGUAAACUAGAUUAUUCAACUUUGAAAUGUACAGUGGAUGAGUUCAUGACUGGGACGAAACAAUCGCCACAUGGUGUUCGAACUAGCAGUAUUGGAAAUAAACAAAUUGGAGCUUGUCUGGUCC